AAUUCCUACUUCCUGAAACUGAUGCCAUUUAUGAGAAACAGUGUAUUUCAGAGAGGCUGUACCAGAAUUCACUCUGCUCCGAGUUAGAUUUGCUGGUCUUAAAGUAUUUUUCCUCUUCAAGAUAAAAGAAGUUCUUCUAAAUCAGGAAUGGAUUGAAAUCCAAUGAACUCAAACUUUGGGUACUUCGGCCUUCAAGGGGCUCCUUUAUUGAGAAUCAAUGUCUUCUCCUAGGUAAUUGAUCACCCUAGACCCAGGGACACCCAAUUCAUCGUAAUCAUCAUGAAUAAUCAAAAAGCAGUAGCCGCGCUACUGCAAGAGUGCAAGCAAGUGCUGGACCAGCUCUUGUUGGAAGGGCCAGAUGUGUCGGAAGAGGACAAGAGCGAGGACCAGCGCUGCAGAGCUUCACUCCCCGGCGAGUUAAGGACCCUGAUCCAGGAGGCAAAGGAAAUGAAGUGGCCCUUCGUGCCUGAAAAGUGGCAGUACAAACAAGCCGUGGCCCCAGAGGACAAAACAAACCUGAAGGAUGUGAUUGGCGCCAGGUUGCAGCAGUUACUGGCGUCCCUGAGGGCCUCCAUCCUCGCUCGGGACUGUGCGGCUGCGGCAGCUAUUGUGUUCUUGGUGGACCGGUUCCUGUAUGGGCUCGACGUUUCUGGAAAACUUCUGCAGGUCGCCAAAGGUCUCCACAAGUUGCAGCCAACCACGCCAAUUGCCCCGCAGGUGGUUAUUCGCCAAGCCCGAAUCUCCAUGAACUCAGGAAAACUUUUAAAAGCAGAGUAUAUUCUGAGCAGUCUAAUAAGCAACAAUGGAGCAACGGGUACCUGGCUGUACAGAAAUGAAAGUGACAAGGUCCUGGUGCAGUCGGUCUGUAUACAGAUCAGAGGGCAGAUUCUGCAAAAGCUAGGGAUGUGGUAUGAAGCAGCAGAGUUAAUAUGGGCCUCCAUCGUAGGAUAUUUGUCACUUCCUCAGCCGGAUAAAAAGGGCCUCUCCACGUCAUUAGGUAUACUGGCAGACAUCUUUGUUUCCAUGAGCAAGAAUGAUUAUGAAAAGUUUAAAAACAAUCCACAAAUUAAUUUGAGCCUGCUGAAGGAGUUUGACCACCAUGUGCUGUCCGCCGCAGAAGCCUGCAAGCUGGCAGCUGCCUUCAGUGCCUACACGCCACUCUUCGUGCUCACAGCUGUGAAUAUCCGUGGCACGUGCUUAUUGUCAUAUAGUAGUUCAAAUGACUGUCCUCCAGAAAUGAAAAACUUUUAUCUGUGUGAAGCCAAAGAGGCCUUUGAGAUUGGCCUUCUCACCAAGAGAGAUGAUGAGCCUGUUACUGGAAAACAGGAGCUUCACAGCUUUGUCAAAGCUGCUUUUGGUCUCACCACAGUGCACAGAAGGCUCCAUGGGGAGACAGGGACAGUCCAUGCAGCAAUUCAGCUCUGUAAGGAAGCGAUGGGGAAGCUGUACAAUUUCAGCACUUCCUCCAGAAGUCAGGACAGAGAAGCCCUGUCUCAAGAAAUUAUGUCUGUGAUUGCCCAGGUGAAGGAACAUUUACAAGUUCAAAGCUUCUCAAAUUUAGAUGACAGAUCUUAUGUUCCAGAGAGUUUCAAGUGCAGGUUGGAUAAACUUAUCUUGCAUGGGCAAGUGGAUUUCCAAAAAAUCCUUGACACCUAUUCACAGCACCAUACUUCGGUGUGUGAAGUAUUUGAAAGUGAUUGUGGAAACAACAAAAAUGAACAGAAAGGUGCAAAAACAGGAGUCUGUAUCACUGCUCUAAAAACAGAAACAAAAAAUGUAGAUACUGUGAGUACUACUCAAGAAAAGCCACAUUGUCAAAGAGACACAGGAAUAUCUUCCUCUCUAAUGGCUAAGAAUGUUCAGAGGGAACUCAGAAGGGGAGGAAGGAGAAACUGGACCCAUUCUGACGUAUUUCGAGUCUCCUUGGAUCAAGAUGUAGAGACUGAGACUGAGCCAUCGGACUACAGCAAUGGUGGGGGAGCUGUUUUCAACAAGUCUCUGAGUGGCAGCCAGAGCUCCAGUGCUUGGAGCAACUUAUCAGGGUUUAGUUCCUCUGCAAGCUGGGAGGAAGUGAAUUAUCAUGUUGAUGACAGGUCAGCCAGAAAAGAGCCUGGCAAAGAACAUCUGGUGGACACUCAGUGUUCCACUGCCUUGUCUGAGGAGCUAGAGAAUGACAGGGAAAGCAGAGCUGUGCAUUCAUUGCGUUCAGAGCUUCAGGAUCUCUCUCUUCAGGAACCCAAAGAUGACAAUGCAGAGCCUUCUCAAAAUCAGCCGCAUGAACAGUUGCCCUUGACACCCUUCCCUCCUAAUAAUAUCCCAGGUACUUUCUUGGCCCCUGGUGCAGGGCUUCUAGAAGGAGCUCCAGAAGGUAUCCAGGAAGUCAGAAAUAUGGCACCCAGAAAUACUUCUGCUCACUCCAGACCCUCAUAUGGUUCUGCUUCUUGGUCUUCUGAUUCUGGUAGGCCCAAGAAUAUGGGCACACAUCCUUCAGUCCAAGAUGAAGAAGCCUUUGAAAUAAUUGAUGAGUUUCCAGAAACCAACUGUGAUGCGAAAGACAGGCAGGAGAAAGAGCAGGGAGAAGAAAUCGGUACAAGAGGCACAGGCCCUACAUUUAAAGCUAGUCCCUCCUGGGUUGACCCAGAAGGAGAAACAGCAGAAAGCACUGAAGAUGUACCCUUAGACUUUCACAGGGUCAUGCACAAUUCUCUGGGAAACAUUUCCAUGCUGCCAUAUAGCUCCUUCACCCCUAAUCGGCCUGUUCAAAAUUCUGACUCCAGAAAAAGUGGUGGUUCAGUCGCAGAGCAGGGCAUCGACCCUGAUGCCUCCACGGUGGAUGAGGAGGGGCAACUGCUCGACAGCACGGAUGUCCCCUGUACAAAUGGACUUGGCUCUCACAGACUGUGCACUCUGAGAGAGCUGCCUGGUCAGAGGGCUAAGACCCCCAAUUCCUCUGUAAACAGUAACAUCCUCUUCCCUGUCCUCAGCGAGGACUGCACUACCACAGAGGAAGGAAAUGAGCCUGGAAACGUGCCAAAUUACAGCCAGAACUCCAGUUCAUCCUCAGCGUGGUGGCUGAAAUCACCUGUGUUUUCCAGCGGUUCUUCUGAGGGGGACAGUCCUUGGUCCUAUCUGAAUUCCAGUGGGAGUUCUUGGGUUUCAUUGCCGGGAAAGACAAGGCAAGAGAUCCUUGAGGCUCGCACCUUGCAACCUGAUGACUUUGAAAAGCUCUUGGCAGGAGUGAGGCAUGAUUGGCUGUUUCAGAGACUAGAGAAUACGGGGAUUUUUAAGCCCAGCCAACUCCACCGAGCACAUACUGCUCUUUUGUUAAAAUAUUCAAAAAAGUCUGAACUGUGGACAGCCCAGGAAACUGCUGUCUAUUUGGGGGACUACUUGACUGUGAAGAAAAAAGGCAGACAAAGAAAUGCUUUUUGGGUUCAUCAUCUUCAUCAAGAAGAAAUUCUGGGGAGGUAUGUUGGGAAAGACUAUAAGGAGCAGAAGGGUCUCUGGCACCACUUUACUGAUGUAGAGCGGCAGAUGACCGCACAGCACUAUGUGACAGAAUUUAACAAGAGACUCUACGAACAAAACAUUCCCACGCAGAUAUUCUACAUCCCAUCCACAAUAUUACUGAUUUUAGAGGACAAGACAAUAAAGGGAUGUAUCAGUGUGGAACCUUACAUACUGGGAGAAUUUGUAAAAUUGUCAAAUAAUACGAAAGUGGUGAAAACAGAAUACAAAGCCACAGAAUAUGGCUUGGCCUAUGGCCAUUUUUCUUAUGAGUUUUCUAAUCAUAGAGAUGUUGUGGUCGAUUUACAAGGUUGGGUAACCGGUAAUGGAAAAGGACUCAUCUACCUCACAGAUCCCCAGAUUCACUCUGUUGAUCAGAAAGAUGUCACUACCAAUUUUGGAAAAAGAGGAAUUUUUUACUUCUUUAAUAACCAGCAUGUGGAAUGUAAUGAAAUCUGCCAUCGUCUUUCUUUGACUAGACCUUCAGUGGAGAAACCAUAUAAGUCAUAGGCUGUAUGGAUUGGUAAUGUGACAGACCUUAGUGAUGCUCUCAAAUAUCUGGUUCUUUCCUUCCAGGCACAUAGAAUAUGGCACAGUCUGGUCCUUUGGGGCUUAGGCAGGGCCGUGACACAGGUUCUGGCCAAUGAUUUGUGAGAGGAAUUGAUCAGUAUCACUUUUAAGUCCUGCAUUUAAUCAGCAGCACGAGAUCCUGCAGAGCCUCCUUCCCUCUGCCACAGUUACCAAGAAUGUGUCAGGAGACUGCUGCUUCUGGGCAUAAGUCCUGCAAGGAAAGCAACAUGGAAAACAGCCCCAACUCACCCAUAAGGGAUGCAAAGCACUGCUGAGAAAGGCAUGUGUUGUUUAAGCCAUUGAGAUGUUAGAGCUUUUUGUCACUAUCAAGACUGAUGCUACUGGGGCUUUUCCUA